AGAAAGUUGUCACCCUUUCGAGCACAAGAAACACGGAAAACAAGUGUGAUAUUAUAUAAGGUGUUGUGGAAGACAGGGAAGCCGUGACAAUAUCCUGCGGAAAUCCACAAAGAUCCUACCGCUUCUUCAUAGCAGUGAAUAAAGAGCAGCUGGUACGCUGUUGAAGAGAAGCGAUCUUUGCCGGAAGAGCGCACAGCAUACCAACAGCGUUCAAGUGAUUUUCAUUCACCACCACUUGUCGCUCUGUUGUUGCUGUUGAGCGCGUGAGAGCGACACUGGCUGUUGAUCUCCAUCGUUGGUGCUGAUCUUAGCAGCAGUAGUUCAGCAUUCAGCAUCCACUGGCUACUAAGCAACUCGACGGCUGCAUCCAGCUGUUACAGAUACGUACAAAACGCCGGACAGCACGGUGCUCAAAGGUCGGAGAUACGGUGCGUUUUUGAAAAGAUUUCGAUUUUUUGUUUUUCAAACCAAUUCGUUAAAAUGUUUGAGAUAAAAUUUAAAAUCUAUUGGGUUUAAAAAAGUGUGUUGAAUAUGUUGCAAAGAUGAGUUUGGUUGUUGGAAAAGUAUUGAAAAUUAAAAAUAUUUAAAGUAAAGCAUUUCUGUAUGACUAGUGCUUGUUGUUGUUGGUGAAAAACUAGACAGCCACAGCUGCUGCUUCUAAUUAGUGUGCGAAAAAAUUAUCCACCAAAAAGUUUCUUCCUCAACAAAGUGUCGACAAAAGUGUUUAUUUUCACUAGUGCGUGUCUUUGCAUAUUUAUGCCUGUGUUUGAUUUGUUUGUGUAUAAUAAAAGAACAGUUUAACUCAUCUUUACUGCACAAUACGGCAGAGGUGUUUCUCAUAAAUAUUUAAAUUAUUUGCUGAAAUUAGUGUGAAUUUGGUUGUUUGUUUGUAUAAAAAGUCGUGAAUUUUCGCGAAGUUUCGUGUUUUUAGUUAUCUUGAAUUGUCCACCUAAAAAAAUUACUCAAACAUAAGCUGGAUAGAUAGAAAAUCAUUCACCAUGCACGAGCUGAAUAUGAAAUCCAAAUAUGAGAAUAUGAAAAUCAUAUAUAAUCGCAGCAAAUUCGGCUGGUAUUGGGCGCCGCUUUUCAUUGCCUUUUGGUUUCUACUCUUCUACCUCACCGUCAUACCCAGCUAUCAUAGUUACCCGGAUACGCUGAAAUUUGAAGAUGAAGCCACACAUCCGGGACGUUUUAUUGGCGAGAGCGCAGAGAGCAUGCUGCUGCGUCUCACAAAAAUCGGUCCGAAAGUUGUGGGUAGUCCGGCAAACGAACAGACAGCAGUGCAAUUUUUACUCACCGAAAUCAGUAAUAUCGUGCGAGAAUCACGCACAGAUCUCUAUAAAAUAGAGCAUGAAAUACAAGUGACCUCUGGUAAUUAUGUCAUCUGGAAAAUGGUGAAUGUGUAUCAGAGCAUACAGAAUGUUGUGGUGAGAUUGACGCCGCGUGGCUCAAAUAGUACAUCAAGUUUACUGAUCAAUAGUCAUUAUGACUCGGUACCCGGCAGCUCUGGUGCAGGUGAUUCGGGUGCCAUGAUUGUUAUUAUGUUGGAGACUCUGCGUGUGAUUGCGAAAUAUGAGACACCGCUAAAGCAUUCGAUUGUGUUUCUAUUCAAUGGCGCCGAGGAAAAUCCGUUACAGGGGUCACAUGGUUUCAUAACGCAACACCCGUGGGCGCGCAAUGUCUCUGCUGUCAUAAAUUUGGAUUCAGCCGGCUCUGGUGGUCGUGAAAUUUUAUUUCAGUCCGGCCCAGAUCAUCCCUGGUUGAUGAAAUAUUACGGCAGUCACAUAGAACAUCCAUAUGCCUCUACUAUCGGUGAAGAAUUGUUCCAAUAUGGAUUUGUACCUUCGGAGACGGACUUCAGAAUAUUUAGAGAUUUCGGAAAUAUACCAGGCUUAGAUAUGGCUCACACUCUGAAUGGAUUCGUCUAUCACACGAAAUAUGAUCGUUUCAGCUUGAUACCGCAAAGAACAUAUCAACUCACCGGCGAUAAUGUGUUGGCCUUAACCAAAGCGCUAUGCAAUGCACCCGAAAUGGAAGAUCCAGAUAAAUAUGCAGAGGGCCAUACAAUCUUCUUCGAUGUGCUUGGCUGGUUCAUAGUCUACUAUUCGGAAACCACCGGCACUGUUGUAAAUAUUAUUGUUUGUAUCAUCGCCAUUAUCACUAUAUUGGCCUAUAUCUGGAAUAUGGCACACCAGACAGGCAUGUUUCGUCGUCGCGUCUUUAUCAAAUUCGGCAUUUUAUUGGGUAUACAAUUCGCUGCCGUGCUCUUGGCGAUAUUACUAACGAUCACGAUUGCGAUAUUUAUGGACGCUGUUGGCUUGUCCAUGUCGUGGUUCUCACAACCAUGGAUGGUUUUUGGUUUAUACUUUUGUCCCAUGUUCUUCAUGAUGGGCUUGAUACCGGCGAUUUAUUUGAGUCGCACGAAGGAGCACGGUCUACCUUUAGGUUAUGCCAUACAGCUGAUAAUGCACGCGCACUGUCUGAUAUUAACGGUGGUUUGCAUUGCUCUCAUCUCAUUGGGCAUACGCUCGGCCUUUGCUUUAAUGCUCUGUAUUGCCUUCUAUGUGCUGUCGGUGAUCUUGAAUAUGAUCACUUGCUUCCACAAAACUACUUUCCUCUGGCUCAUACCACACACCGUCUGCCAGUUGUUACCCUUCCUUUUCUACAGUUACUGUUGCUAUGCUUUCUAUGUCAUCUUCAUACCGAUGCAAGGUCGUGAUGGUGCCAAUAAGAAUCCCGAUAUUCUCAUCGGUGGCUUUACGAUGUUAAUAUGCUUGCUGAUGGCACCGUUCUUGGUACCACUUUUGUGCCUCUUCCGCAAGUCAAAAACCAUUAUUUCCAUCUUCGGUGGCGUUUGUUUGGCGUUCAUAAUACUGGCUGCGACGCCCGUUGGCUUUCCAUAUAAGGAACGUGAAGCGCCUCAACGUUUCUAUGUCGCUCAUACCACACGCACUUUUCACAAUGCCGAUCCGGCCAUGUCAGUACGUCAUAGAGAUUCUGGCUACUAUGUUGUGCCUGUUGAUCGUCAUCCACACUCUGUGGAUUAUAUGUUCGAGAAUGUGAAUGCCACAGAUACCGCUGAUUCGGCGAAUUGCGAGACUGAAUUGAUGUGUGGCUAUCCAAUCUACAGUUCGCGUUGGCUGGGCUGGCGCAAGCAAAGCUUUUGGAUCGAUGGUCCUGCGCCGAAAGCCGGUGGUUGGCCCAGACUGCGUAUUUUGCGCAAAGAUAGCAUCUCAACUACAAACCUGAUUAUUAGCUUAGAAGUUGCGGGCCCUGAUCACAUGAGCAUUUUCAUAAAACCAAUGAAUGACACCAAACUGAUUGAUUGGUCAUUGGAUCGUACGCCGAUUAAGCAGAAUUUCGAACCACCUUACUUUAUUUAUUUGUCUUAUGCUUUGGAUCCGGCGCCUUUCCGUUUCCAUAUGGAAUUUGCGCACAAUAGCUCAGAUUGGUCGGGCGCCACAUUCGACAUUGCCGUUAUAGGUCAUAAGGUUCACGAUGACAUUUUAAAUACCGAUGACUUCCGCGAAUUCGUUGCUAAGUUCCCCGCCUGGUCCACAGUGAGCGCUUGGACGAGCUCAUACGAUAGUUGGCGUAUCUAAACAAUGACAACUAAAUGCUACGACGAUUAUGAUCAACUACUAUUUUUAACGGAUGCCAUAGCUUUAAUUAUAAACUAAUAACUUUUGGAAUACACCUUGUAUAUUCUUUAAGGAAACGCAAACCAACGAACAAAGUGCUUGAGUAAAUCUUCGGCAGAAGUUUACAGCACCACGAUAUUUAUUUAAAUAAGCAUAACUAUUUUAAAGACUUCUUUUUGUUAUAUAUUUUAUUUUAAUUUUUUAAAAACUAUUUAUAAUCAAAAAUACAUAUCUAUGUAUUAGUUUUUAUA